AGAAACAGACUCACUGUGACCUGCGGCUCCCGGGCCGGUAGCGCCGCUUUCGGUCGCGCGGACUGGUGGUGUGGAACCGCGGGUCUCGGGUGUUCGCCGCCUGCCACAGUUCUGCCCAGCGCCACCGAGCCCGUGAGCCCCGAGCCUCCGCCAUGGACUUCGAGGACGAUUACACACACUCUGCUUGCAGAAAUACUUAUCAGGGCUUUAAUGGAAUGGAUCGUGAUUAUGGCCCCGGAUCUUAUGGAGGGAUGGACCGUGACUAUGGCCAUGGAUCCUAUGGGGGUCAAAGAUCCAUGGACUCCUACCUAAACCAGUCAUAUGGCAUGGACAAUCACAGUGGUGGUGGUGGGGGUAGCAGGUUUGGACCUUAUGAGUCUUACGACUCCAGGUCUUCUCUGGGUGAGCGAGAUCUGUACAGAUCUGGCUAUGGUUUUAAUGAACCCGAACAAAGCCGCUUCGGAGGUAGUUAUGGUGGUCGAUUUGAGAGCUCCUACCGGAAUAGUCUUGACUCUUUCGGAGGUAGAAACCAGGGCGGGUCUAGCUGGGAAGCACCUUACUCCCGUUCAAAAUUGAGGCCUGGGUUUAUGGAGGACAGAGGAAGAGAGAAUUACUCUUCCUACAGCAGUUUUUCUUCACCCCAUAUGAAGCCUGCACCUGUAGGCUCUCGGGGGAGAGGAACGCCUGCUUAUCCUGAAAGUACAUUUGGAAGCAGAAACUAUGAUGCUUUUGGAGGACCAUCAACAGGCAGAGGCCGAGGCCGAGGACAUAUGAGUGAUUUUGGAAGCAUUCAUAGACCUGGAAUUGUUGUUGACUAUCAAAACAAACCCACCAAUGUGACAGUUGCCGCUGCAAGAGGAAUAAAGAGAAAAAUGAUGCAACCAUUUAAUAAGCCUGGUGGAACCUUUAUCAAGAAACCCAAGCUAGCAAAACCUGUGGAGAAGAUGAGCCUCAGCAAAUCACCCACAAAAACCGAUCCUAAAAAUGAGGAAGAAGAAAAGCGACGAAUUGAGGCUCAGCGAGAGAAACAAAGACGCAGAAGAGAAAAAAACAGAAAUAUGGAGAUGGAUACAGAAUGGCAUUCACGUGUUCCUUUUGUAAAUUCCGAACGUUUGAAGAAAAAGAUAUUGAACUACAUCUGGAAAGUUCUUCACACCAGGAAACACUAGAUCAUAUUCAGAAACAAACCAAAUUUGAUAAAGUAGUUAUGGAGUUUUUGCAUGAAUGUAUGGUGAAUAAAUUCAAGAAAACAUCUAUUCGUAAGCAACAGACAAAUAAUCAAACAGAAGUAGUUAAAAUAAUUGAAAAAGAUGUUAUGGAAGGUGUUACUGCAGAUGAUCACAUGAUGAAAGUAGAGACUGUUCACUGC